AAGCUUUCCUCAGUUUGAAGUGAAACUCUUAAUUAUUUUUGUUCAUUCCAAUAGUAUUGGAAGGUUAGAACAGUAUUAAAAUUCUCUAAACAAUAGCGAUAUUUGUUGCAACGAAUAUUGAUAUUGAUAGGUAAAACGUAUGGACGAAGGAAAACCACGAGGGAGGUAGUUGAAAAAGUUAAGUUUGUGAAGGUUAUUAAAGAGAAGCUCCUACAACUAAAGUGGGGGAAGAGGAAGAGGAGAGGAAGUACAUGAAAUGGAGAGUGGAGGGAAGAGAGCAAAGAGAUUGAAGAUUUUAUGCCUUCAUGGAUUCAGAACCAGUGGGAGUUUUCUUAGAAAGCAGCUCACCAAAUGGGAUCCUUCCAUUUUCGCUCACUUUGAUAUGGAAUUUCCAGAUGCUAUAUUUCCAGCAGGAGGAAAAUCAGAGAUUGAAGGAUAUUUUCCACCUCCUUAUUUUGAAUGGUUUCAAUUUAAUGAGGAUUUCACAGAGUACACAAACUUGGAACAAUCCAUUGAUUACUUGAACAACUACAUCACAUGCAAUGGCCCAUUUCAUGGACUCUUAGGCUUUUCUCAGGGCGCGGUAUUGUCAGCACUCUUGUUGGGUUACCAAGCACAGGAGAAGGUGUUGAAGGAGCAUCCACCAAUGAAGAUGUUUGUGUCAAUAUCAGGAACAAAGUUCAAAGAUGAAAGCAUCUGUGAGGUUGCCUACAAGCACAAAAUAAAGGUCAAAUCUGUUCACUUGAUAGGGGAAAAGGAUUGGUUGAAGCUUCCUUCGGAAGAACUUGCUUCUGCCUUCCAUGAGCCUCUCAUCAUAAGGCAUCCUCAAGGUCAUACUGUCCCUAGAUUAGAUGAAGUAGCCACUGAGGAGCUCCGCUGCUGGGUCGAUGCGAUAGUUUCGAGUCAUGAUCAUGUCGGAGACGGAGAAGUAAAGGAGAAUAUCACUCAGAAAGUGGCUGACAACAUUGAGAAUGAGCUCGAGAAUAGUAAUAUAACUUAAGGUGAUACGACUCGGUAUGUUUUUCUCUUCUUCUCAAUUUCUUUUAGUACUCGAAUAAAAAUAUCUCUUUUGAUACUAUUAUGAUACCCGAGUAAAACAAAUUUAUGUAAAUGAACUAUGGUAUAUUUGAACGAGAAUACGACAGACAGUUACGAAA